GACAGCAGCUUUCUGCUCCUUCACUGGUAUUAAUUUAUUCAGCGCUGCUUCCUCUGGAGCAGAGAGGAGCAACGAACCGGAGCAGCUGAGCGUUGGCUUCCUGAUUCCUACGGAGCCUGAAUAGAUCCUCGUUGGGAUUCUGCCUGAUUUUCAGCUGAACAAGCAGGAAUCAUCACGAUGUCGACACCUCCGAAUGCCACUAAACAAAGAACGGAUAUUCUCCAGUUGGAACGUGGCGUUCCAGAAGAUGUGGAGCCUUCAAGCACAGCGGUGAACACGGAUCCCAACGACAACUGGGGUACAGAGCCAAACUUCAACCUCAACUUCAAUCUGAGCUCUACGACUAGCCCUCGUCCCACCAAAGAGCCCUCAAAGAUGCAUUCUGGGAGUAAAAAGGAAGAUAAAAAUAAAGGAGGAGCAGCUGCAGAUUUUAACACCAUUUCAGUACCAAGUGAAAAACCUAGGAGCAAAAUCCCAACAGCAACAGCUCAGAUGACUGUGAAAAACAAAGUCGGCCAACAGCCGAAAUCUCCAAACAUUAAGCUUUCCUCUUCACCCAAAGUAGAAAGUCAUGGAAACUUAGCACUGAGUCCCAAACCAACCGGUGCGGAGCUGAGGAGCAGCCAAAGAUCUACAGAAAAAGUCAGAAUUGAAACACCUAAAGCAGAAUCUGUAAAGCCAGUGACGCCUGAGCUGACAACUAACUCUGCAAACAGCAUAAAACCAACCGAAAAGACGCAAUCAAACAGCAAAGAUGUAAAGGACGUUCACCUUGAGACGCCACCAAAAACUCUGCAGCUGCCUAAAAUCCCAAAGCUCCAUAAUCAAAAGGGAGAUAAGAGCAGCAACAGCCCAAAAUUAACAAAUCGAACUCCAACAAUGAUGGCCAAAAUAAAAAAAUCAGAUCCACUAAACUCGACAACUGACCAAAAACCUGAAGACGACUCUGGAGCUCAAGGUGUUUUCACAACCUCAGGAACCUCACAGAAAGAGAAAACAGGGUCACCACUUCUCAGGACCAAACCAUCCCGAGUAACUUCUCUGAGUCCGAAACCAGCCACACAAAGAAAAACCACCGGAACCGGAACCAUUAGCGUGUCACGCUCUGAGGGGAAUCUUCACAGUAAAGACUUAAAGGUCAAAACCAGUUCAACCCCCAAAUCUACUAAACGAUCCAAAGACAGUCUGGAUUCAAAACUCAGCUCCAGGUCCAGAGGUGGGUCCAGAGACGCACUGGAUUCCAGAAGCAGCAGCGCCUCGAAAAGCAGUUUGGACUCUCGGGACAGUUUGGAUUCUAAGAAGCUCCAGAGUUCAAAGCUUAUCCAAAAUCCACACGACCCGAAAACCUCAGCAGAAACCAGGAUGAAGAAAAGCCACCAAGGUUCGGAGAAAGAUUUCAAAACGGUCUCAAAGAACAAUCACGAUUCGAAACUUCUUCAAAACUCGAAAGCAAGUUUUGAUCCCAAAAUCAAAACCAACUCUGGUUCUGAUUCUAAACCAGGCAUUACCCAGUCAAGAUCUCCAGCUACCCUGCAGGCCUCUGCUUUCAGUAUGGAUCUUCUUGGAUGUGGUUCCCUUUCUCCCAUCUCCAGCGGAACCAUCAAGACGUCAGGUUCUGCUGUUGAGCUCAGUUUAAAUCAUAAGAGCCAAUCAGAUUCAUCGAGUUCUGGACAAGUUCUACCUGGUUCUAAGUCGACACUCGCUGAUUUGUCCUCUCCGAUAUCAGCAACUCAGAGUCCAGGAUCCAGUACUGGAAAAAGUUUUACUUCUACUCUAACUGGAUCAAACAAGGAGAACAAGAAGAGUCCAAGUUCCACUCCAGGUAUCCUGGCCCCUUUGGCAUCUUCCAGUCCUAAAACCAGGCCUGUGGUGACCUCGAAAAUCCUGGAAGGAUCCACAGAUACCUCAGGAGAUCCUGCAGUUAUGAAAAAAGAUCCUAACAGUUCAUCCCGAAAUACUAGUCUGACUCGAGGUCUUACCUUUGACUCAAUCACAAAACCAGGUAGUAAUACUGACAAUAAGCAUUUAAAAGCUGCUGAGAGUGAGGUUAAUACUCAAGGAAAGGUGGAGGUUUCGCAAGAGGCCAAGAAUGACAGGGAUGGACGUCCAUCAGGAGAUUCGGAGGGGAGAUCGGUUCUCCCACUGAGUAAAGCUGGUCACCCAGGAGACACAAAUAUCAUCUCAUCACCUCGGGCAACCAGAGCAAGAGAACCAAAGCAGAAAAUACAAGUUCAUAGGAAAAAGAAUGAAGGGAAUCCUUCAUCUCCCCUUCGUCCUGUCUCUUCUUCUUCCACUCAUACACCAACCAAGAAGACAGUCAAAGAGACUGCCCCUAAGCCUGAGCUUUCUCAAAGACUCCAUAAACGUGCAGGGGCUCAGAAAGAGGUGGGCGUUCAGGUGGAGGUGGACGUGGUCGAGCGUUCUGCUUCCACAAGCCCCAGCCUCCACCGUGGACCUCCCACCUCCUCCAUGAUUGGUUCCUCCAGCUGCCAAUCAUCGCUGAGCGACGUGCCCCCCCUCAAACAUGUCUGCCAGAUUGAGAUUGAGCUGUGCAGCCAAACGCUGUUUCCCUGCGUUGUUCCCGACAAGGCCAGUUCCCUCCCUGCAUCUUUGCGCUUUCAGCAGAACCCCGCUCUUAUGUCGGGCUUUGGACCACACCACAAUCCAGAUGUUGGCGCCGAGAGCCUCUGGGAAGAUGAAACUAAAGAGGAACAAUGGCAGCCCAACAAAAAACAGGAGGAUGGGUUUAAAGGGCAGACGGAAAAGCCCCCGGAGGUGUUGUGGGACAAACAAGGGAUGACGUGGGAGGUUUACGGCGCCUCUGUAGACCUGGAGUCUCUGGGGACGGCCAUCCAGUCCCACCUGGAGAUGAAGAUUCGAGAGCAGGAGAGGCACAUCCAGAUACUUCGGAAGUCCAUCUGCUCCAACAGCAGCUUUGCCCGGUACAAGAGGAAGAAGAGACGGAGAAGGUUUCUGGGUUGCUGCAUCAAGGCGUCCGCCGUGUCUGACUGAGAUCAACGUUCAGAGACGUCAAACAUCUGACUUUCACUAAUCCAAGCUGGAUAAGAGCCAGGAAACUGUAAAACAUCCCUCAUAUUUAAACGUUUGUAAAGUAAUUAGGCAACAUAACAACUGCCAGAAAAAAAUACCUUCCAAAAUCUGGGCAUUAAUAAGCUUAAUAUUACAAAAUAUUACUAUUCUGGGAAAUUUGAUUGAAGAUAAAUGUUUUUCCUCGUGUCUUUAAGGAUAAAGUUAUUAAAGAAAGGAUUUUAGUUAUAGGGUGUCCAUGCAUGCUUAGAAAGUUGCACAAUCAUAUAUCUAAAAUUAAAGCCUUAAAAGGUCUUAAAUUAACUUAAAAAGUAAGUUAGCCUUUAAUACGUUAAUUCCCAGGUCUUAAAUUUGUUUUGACAGAAUAAUUUAAUACCAUACGCUUUAUGUAUUUUUUUCUGACAGGAUUUUUCUCUCAGGCAAAAGUUUGAGUCGUAUUCAGAAAUCUUCUAUGCUUUGACUCAAGUGAGAUGAUUGAAGCUGUCGCUAACUAGCUGCUAAUAUACCCUUGCUAGCUAGACAGCUUUUUUGCUUCUACCAUGUGUAAGUGAAAAUUUACCACCAGUUAGCUUGACGAAAUUGGUACAUUUGUGUGGAGAAUCAGGUCUUAAAUUUCAUUCAUGAUGAUCUUAGAACGGUCUUAAAAAGUCUUAAGUUUGAGUUGGUGAAACUGAUUUAGCAAAACUGAUCAAACUGUGAAAGUUUGUCAGACCUUCUUUAAGAAAUGUGUUUCCAUCUCUCCUUUUUUCUCUCAACUAUUUUCUGGAAAAGUCAAAUCACAAACACUUCAAAUUUAUUUUGAAUUUUGUCGUUUCCAUCAACUGUUUCCAAUGCGAUCAUUCAAAUUGUGCAGAAAAACUCUGAUAGAAGCAUGUCUUUGGACUUAAAUGUCAAAUAUAAAACCGAAAUCCUUUCUUCUGUCUCACUAUCUGGGUCCUUAUCUGUAGGUUUUAGUUGGACCGGUGUCGGUGCGUGUUUAGCCGUGUUUAGCCGUGUUGAGGUUUUGUCUGAGAGCAGAACGGGUCGGUACCUCGGCUUUCCGGUGGCAGCUGCAGUGGUUGUUGACGUGGAGCUGAGAGGACAGCAGCUCCAUUCCUGGUAAAUAUUUCAUCCAGUUUCUUUUUUAUGAAACUCGGCACAAAGCACUCAGCAGAGAGCUCCCAGCUGCAGACUACAGGAUUUGCUAAGGAGUUAAAAAGUCACUUCUUUUCCUCUUUUCCUGUCAUCUCACUUUCCCUUAGUUUCCUCACUAAUUUCUCCUUCCACUUCUGUUUUAUUCUCCUUUCUUC